GCAUCUAACGCGUGGACCACAGCGGCGGGAGACGCGGCGGGCGGGGGACGCACACAGCUGAUCGGGCGCACCGCCGCCGCGCCCCGAUCGGCUCGCCGACAGAUUUGGUCAGCGACAGACGUGUCGUGCUCUAAGAAAUUACUCAUAUAUUUAAUCGAUCUGUAUUAAAGUAAUUAUUUAUCUAAAGCGAGUCGUUCAUUAUUAAAAUCCUGAACAUUGUGGCGACCGUUGACAAUAGCGACUCAAAGCUGUAAUCUUCGGAUAUCCAUCGAAGAAUAACGGAAAACCGUUUGGAAUUUGAAAUUACGGAACAAGGAGAUUAGGUUGGAUUCCUGCCUUCUACCCUGGUGGAGUGAAAACUUUGCUGAGGACUGCUGGAGGACGUCUGGCGGAAUACCCAAGGGAAGUUGGCCUUUUAUUCUAUCCACUAUUCCUCAUUUUCCUUUUCGAUUUGCGUACGGCUUGCCGCUCCGAUAGCGUUACAAGAUAGUAUUCUAGGUCCACUAUUACUAUUCUUCUUUGUAAUUUACGCUUCGGCUAUUGCGAAAGCUUGCCUAUAAAUACAUACCUAUCGCUUUAUUAUUUUCAUUCCUAUUAAAUUGUUCAACCUAUUGUUCUAUAAUUGUGUCUACAAAGACGGUACUCAAAGUUUAGAAAUCCCAUUCGAUGAUGGUUUUAGCUUAAAAUCAUAUUGCCAGUUGCGCUACUUACUUCCUAGCUAAAUAUUUAAAAUCUGGAUGUGGCUGUUUGUUCAAUUAUUUUUCCAAUAAUUUUGUUUCACCUACCCUUCACAAAAAUUUGUCACAUACUUAAAUAUUAACGUGACACAUUUAUGUAAAUUCCAGGUUACCUUUGCGUAGUGCUUGGCUUGUGGGUUUGCGAAUCCAUCCAGCAUCCGAGUAGUAGCUACGGCGGGGCGGUUGGAUCUCCCGGCGACGGAACCGUUAUAACUGGUUUGAUCAUUUCAAUAUUUUGCCUAGUUCGUUGUUCGAUUUCUUUUUAUUGAGUUGUCAUGGAAGGAAGAGAAUCUUUAAAGGAGCUUGUCAAAAAGCGUAGCAUAGUCAAAGGUAGAUUAACAAAAUUCAAAGACUAUGUGAAUGUUUUAACCCAGAUAGGCGCGAAAAAGAUAACUAGCAUUCAAGUCAAAGAAAUAUCUUUGCGGGUAGAUAAGUUUCAAGAAUUGCUGUCGGAUUUUAACAUCAUACAAUCAGAUAUUGAAUUACUCUCUUCAAAUGACGAUGAACAGUUAAAUGAGCGGGAUUCUAUUGAGUCGCAAUUCUUUUCCCUUCUUUCCACGGCUAAGGAAUUGAUUGAAUGUGCGAAUUCUGAGAAGAGAUCAUUACAUGAUGAAAGUAUGUCCAAUCAAUAUUCACAUUCCAUGAAUUCCAUAAAGUUACCUACUAUAAAUUUGCCAAAGUUUGACGGGAACUAUUUAAAGUGGCUUGAGUUCAGGGACACUUUUGAUUCCCUCGUUAAUAAAAACGAUUCUAUUCCAUUAAUUAAUAAAUAUCACUAUCUUAGAUCAAGCUUAGAGAAUAGUGCCGCGGUCGUUAUAAGAUCAAUUGAGUUUACCGCUGACAAUUACGAGAAGGCAUGGCAAAUUUUAUGUAACCGUUAUAAUAGUAAGAAUAUCUUAAUAAAUAACCACAUUAAGUCGUUGCUAAGUAUUGAGCCAAUUGUGAAGGAAUCAUUUAAAGCGUUGCGAUAUUUAAUUGAUCACUUAUCUAAAAACUUGAGUUCUUUGCACACUCUUGGGCUUCCUACUGAUCAGUGGGAUGUCUUGUUGAUAUUCAUAGUUUCAGCAAAGUUGGACUCCACCACUGGUAUAAAAUGGGAAGAAUAUAAGAAUAGUCUAUCGGAUUUACCAACGUUAGAUCAAUUUUAUUCAUUCUUACGUAACCGGGCAGACAUCUUGGAAACAACGCAUUAUAAUAGAUCCGAUAAACAGGAACAUAACAAUAUUAUGCAUUCUCAAAAUAAAAGACAGGUGAAAUCUUUUUUGUCUGCCUCGGAUUCAACGGGGAAAUAUCAAUGUGUUGUUUGUAGCCAUAAUCAUUUUGUGUAUGAAUGUCCGAAGUUCAAACAAAUGAACUAUGAUGAUAGAAUGGGCGAAGUAAAAAGGUUGAAAUUGUGCACUAAGUGCUUACGUAGUGGGCAUAAUAGUUAUCAGUGUCGUUUGAAGGGUUCUUGCAAAAUAUGUAAAGAUAAACACAAUACUUUGAUUCAUAAAGAUAACUUGAAUACUUCUUCGCUACAAAAUGCAAAUAGUCAACAGAAUGAACCGGUUGCGUUAUCAGCUACGACGAUGACUCAUACGUUAUUGUGUACGGCGCAGGUAGAAAUCCUUAAUGAGUCGAACAAUAAAAAGGUUAAGGCGCGAGCAUUAUUGGACACUGGUAGUCAAUCAUCAUUUUUAACCGAAGCUAUGCGAGAGAAAUUAGGGUUCAAUAAGAAUUAUAGUGAAAUCUUAAAGGUUUGCGGUCUAAAUAAUAUCAAAUCUAACAUUUUAGGAAAGUGUAUCGUGACGAUUAAAUCUUGUUCAUCUACGUUUAGCACCCCAGUCUCUUGUUUGUUAGUGCCGACGAUAACAGGUAUUUUACCCAGCGUUGAAAUAGACGUUUGCGAGUUAAAUAUUCCGUGCGGUAUACAACUAGCGGAUCCAAGGUUCUUCCAGCCUUCCACUAUAGAUAUACUUUUGGGGGCUGACGUUUUUUGGAACAUUAUUGGGACAAAUCAAAUUAAGUUAGGGUCAAAUAAACCUACUUUACAAGAAUCACAAUUAGGGUGGUUAAUAGCCGGCCCACUCGGUAACAGUCAAUCCAAGUCUGAGGUCUAUUGUUAUUUCAAUCAGUUUUCGAAUAUUGAUAAUUCCCUGAAGAAGUUUUGGGAGAUUGAAGAACUACCUGCAAAGACAAAAACAUACUCAUUAGAGGAGCAGUUUUGUGAAAUUGAGUUUAUAGAAAACACAACUCGCUUAUCCGAUGGUCGGUUUUGUGUACGUAUGCCCUUAAAGGAACCUGAAACUAGUCUUGGUGAUUCAUACUACAUGGCAAAGAAACGUUUCUUAAAUUUAGAAUUAAAAUUAAAUAAAAAUCCGAAACUUAAGGAGUCAUACACUAGAUUCAUAGAAGAAUAUAAAGAAUUAGGUCACUUAAGUGAGGUAGAUCGCCCAAGAUUUGGCAAUUACCUUCCACAUCACUGUGUACUUCGCGAGAACAGUGAAACGACGAAAUUGAGAGUAGUGUUUGAUGCCUCAGCUAAAACAUCAUCUGGCAAGUCAUUAAAUGACAUACAGGCGGUAGGCCCAGUAGUGCAGUCCGAUUUAUUCUCUAUUUUGUUACGAUUUCGCGGGCACAGGUUUGUUCUCUUAGGAGAUAUUGAGAAAAUGUACAGACAAACUGCCUUGCAUGAAUCUCAACGUCACCUUCAGUUAAUUUUGUGGAGGGAUUCAUCCGUUAGUACGGAACCAAAUAAUAAUGGAAAUUUAAAGGUUCUACAAUUAAACACAGUAACGUAUGGGAUGGCCAGCGCUCCGUUUUUGAGCACCAGAUGUCUAUUACAAUUGGCUAAGGAGUGUAAUGAUGACGUUAUUGCGAGAAUAAUAAAAAAUGAUUUUUACAUUGACGACUUAAAUACGGGUGCGAAUAGUGAAAGUGAAUUACAGAAUAUAUAUGUGAAUGUUAAAAAAAAUUUAGAUUCAGCAUGUUUUCCCUUAAGAAAAAUUCGUACUAACUGUUUGCAAGCACUUGAUUGUGAUGAUAGUGUAUUCGACCCGGUAAAUUUGACUAAAGAAUCCAGCGUGCUGGGUUUAAAUUAUUCUCCAAAACUCGACAUCAUUCAAUUUCCCGCGAAGGUGGAAUCGCCACCGCAAAUUGUUACAAAAAAGGUCGUAAUAGCUACUAUUUCUAAAAUAUUUGAUCCGUUGGGAUUAAUUUGUGCAUGCAUUAUUAAAACUAAAAUAUUUUUACAACAAUUAUGGGUCAUAAAAUUAAAUUGGGACGACCCCAUACCACAAAUUCUAUUGGAUACGUGGUUAAAAUUUAUUUCUAAUUUACAUUACAUUUCUAAUAUUAAAAUUAAUAGAUAUGUUCUUUGCGAUAACCCCGUGUCAAUAGAAUUGCAUUGUUUUGUUGAUGCGUCACAGAAAGCAUAUGCCUCAUGUGUAUAUUUACGGUCAACAAAUGAAAAAAAUGAGGUCACUGUUAGACUUUUGUGCGCAAAGGCACGUGUUGCACCCUUAAAACCUAUUACUAUACCGAAAUUGGAAUUACUUGGUACUUUGCUGGGAGCUAGAUUAUGUGAUAAAAUUAUACAGUCAUUACGAUUUAAUAUAACUAACAAAACUAUUUGGACAGAUUCGACAGUUGUCUUAGGUUGGCUAAGAACUGAUGUAAGAAAUCUUAAAAUGUUUGUCUGCAAUAGGGUUAAUGAAAUUAACGAGCUAACAAGUGGUUUCGAACACAGACAUGUACCUACGAAUAUGAACCCAGCUGACUUGGCCUCAAGAGGAGUUGAACACCAGGACCUUUUAUCUUCUUCAUUGUGGUGGGAAGGUCCUUCUUUCCUACAGAAGGAGCGUUCAGAGUGGCCACAGAAUUCUUUCGUAGUUCAAAACUUACCUGAGUUAAAGGUCAACAGCUGCUGUUAGCGUCAGUGCGUGAUAAAUACUGGCCUAUUGGUGGAAGAUGUUUAGCGCGGCAAGUAGUUAGACAAUGUAUUAUUUGCGUUCGUCUAAGAGCGGAUACGAUGCAGCCAAUAAUGGGUCAUUUACCUGAGGCGCGUACAAAUGCUUGUUUUCCUUUCUACUCGUGUGGAGUUGACUUUGCUGGACCUUUCAUGAUUAGUAACCGGAAAGGUCGUGGUAAUCGUAUCACUAAAUGUUACUUAUGUUUAUUUGUUUGCCUCAGUACAAAGGCAAUACAUUUAGAGCUGGUGAGUGAAUUGAGUACUCAAGCUUUUAUUUUAUGCCUAAGACGGUUCAUAUCACGUAGAGGAAAAUGUCAUGAGAUUUUUUGCGACAACGGCAGGAAUUUUGUGGGUGCGAACAAUGAACUGGGUAGGUUGCUUAGAUCCAGCCGUCAGUCUGUUAGUGAUUAUGCUACUUCUGAAGGAAUCAAAUUUGUAUUUAGCCCCGCAUAUUCUCCCCACUUUGGUGGUAUAUUUGAAGCUGGAAUUAAAUCAGCAAAAUUUCACUUAAAACGUGUAGCUGGAAAUGCUGCUUUGACGUUUGAGGAGCUAGCAACGCUAUUUGCGCAAAUCGAAGCUAUCCUUAACUCACGUCCGCUGACUCCUCUCUCGUCCAAUGUUACUGAUCCUUCUCCUCUGACCCCAGGCCACUUCUUAAUUGGGAGACCACUUACGUCUAUUCCGACGAAGCCCAUCACUGCUACUAGACCAAACAGAUACGAGCUUAUUGAGAAAAUAAGGCAGCACUUCUGGGAGCGGUGGCGCCUUGAGUACAUCUCCGAGUUGCAGCAACGCACCAAAUGGCGCACCGGGCAACAAGGCCUCGCCUGCGGGGACGUGGUGGUACUGAAGGAGGACAACUUACCGCCAUUACAAUGGCGGAUGGGGCGUGUGUGUCGCCUCUACCCAGGGGCCGAUGGCGUUAGUAGGGUGGCUGACGUCACUACUUCGAGGGGCAUUAUACGAAGGGCUAUCAAUAAACUAUGUCUUCUGCCCACUUCAGAAUCGAAAGAUGACAACGAACCAGAGGGAGGCGUCCCGAGGCUCCAGACCUCGUCUACUUCUUGAAAGCUAAUGCUUUCAACGCGCCGGAGGAUGUUCACGCAUCUAACGUGUGGACCACAGCGGCGGGAGACGCGGCGGGCGGGGGACGCACACAGCUGAUCGGGCGCACCGCCGCCGCGCCCCGAUCGGCUCGCCGACAGAUUUGGUCAGCGACAGACGUGUCGUGCUCUAAGAAAUUACUCAUAUAUUUAAUCGAUCUGUAUUAAAGUAAUUAUUUAUCUAAAGCGAGUCGUUCAUUAUUAAAAUCC